UGGUAGUUGUAGUGGCACUGGCUGGGGUUUGUUUCCGUUCUCCGACAGAUUUUGUUUGCAGCUUGAUUUCCCAUCGAGAAAUGCCCAUGGAAGAAGCAACUCCAGAAUCUCAGAAAGCUGAAGCAGCCAUGGAAAAUGAUGAUAUUUUAUUAGACGAGAUAGCUGCAUUGGAGGCUACCUUGAUGGAUGAUUUGAAUGUCGUCUACAACGGGGAGCGGCCGCAGGAGGUGUCUGUCACACUGCAUCCAGCCACAGCCGACAACCGCGAGGAGCAGUUUGUGCGCAUGACGUUGACGCUGCACCUGCCCGCCGGGUACCCGCGUGUAAGCCCCGAGGUGCUGAUCACCAACCCGCGCGGCAUCAGCGAGCAGACGGUGCAGCAGGUCAAGGCGCAGUGCCAGGAGAAGAUGGACGAGUACCGCGGCGAGCCGGUGCUCUACCAGCUGAUGGAGCUGGCGCGAGACCACCUGACGGACAGCAACGUGCCGGCCGUGCCGUGUGUCAUCUGCCUGUACGAGUUCACCGAGUGUGAUGUCUUCACCAAGACCGUCUGCUACCACUACUUCCACGCCCAGUGUCUGGCCAGGUACAUUGACAACUUCCUGAACUCUCCGGAGGACGAGGAAGUGCCGCCGUGGCAAGAAAAGAAGAUGAAAAAUGUGGUGUGCCCUGUGUGUCGGGAGCCGAUCGUGUACGACCUUGCGGCCUUGCGCGAGGCGCCGCCGCCAGAGCUGAGCGCCCGCGCCGCCGGCUUCAGCGCCACGGCCGAGCUGCGCAACCUGCAGCGCUGCAUGGCCGCGCUGCGGCUGCAGCAGCAGCAGCGCGGCGGCCUCAUUGACCCGGAGGAAGAGCGCAACAAGUACCUGCUGGUCACGGCGCCCGAGACCGAGCAGAGACCGUCCCGGGCUGAGAGGCGGCGGGCGCUGGCGACCGGUGGUAUCAGCUCAGGGGGUCGGUAG